GCGAGCUUCUCCAGCCACAACAAACAACUCCAGCGUAGCUUUCAACAGUUCCGCGUCGACUUUGCGGAUGGAGAGCACUAACAUCUAAGAAUGCUAACCAAGUUGGAGGAUAUUGAGCGUCAGGAUGAGGACGGCACAAUCAGGUUCAUCCCAGCCAGUACAAGAUUACAGCUUGGAAAACAGGACGAGAACUUGAGUCAGCCUGGCGUAGCAGGUCCCAGCGGCGGUGAGAGGGAAAGGCCAGGACGACUCAGGAAGAAGUUGACUGCUCGUCCUUUCACAAGAUUUGAUGAGGCAAAGGCAGCAUCACGAAUAGAGAGUCACGACUUUUUUACACGAAUUUGGCCAGAGGAUCAGCCAUUACCAACGCCACUCGGUAAGCAGAGGACGAAGCUUUCUCCAAAACAUCCUCCAGGAGUCUUACAUGGGAAAUAUGGCUCAAAAUCUACCAGGUCCCCCAGAGAGGGAAGUGCUAGAGAAGACACAGGGGAAGAUGCCAUUGAUGAUGAAGAGAGCGAGAUGUCAGCACUGGUGGCGUCUCGGAUGCAGCUGGUGACCCGCACGGUUCCUGCCACAUAUGUAUCCUACCAUGAGAGAUGUGCAAAUGAUGAGGCAACACUCUUUGUACCUUCCAUGCUACCAAGUGAUGUGCAAAACAAGAUUAAUGCUGAUACUGAGCUGAGAAACCUUGAAGAUGAAGGACUCUUUGUUGGUGCAAAACCUUAUAUUACACCAACUAAUAUCAACAUCAUUGAAAAUAGGCUUCUUCAACAAGGAGAUAGGCAUUGGUUCUCGGAAACAGGAUCUCUUGAAAGGCUGGACAACCCCAUCAGUGACCAGUUCUAUCGUCAUCUUCCUACUGAUUUGGAGACCCAGGAGGAGCCACUCGCUGUGUUUGUUGGACCUCGUCCAAGUGAGUGUUUGCAGACGAUGAGUCCGGAUGAUGGAGGGGUAUUGGAUGUUGAGCUUGCCCAGUUAACCUUCACCCAUCACCCACUGUUCUCACCAGAGCAUGUUUCAGCAUCACAGCUCACUCAAGCAUACAAUACAUAUGUGGAAAGGGCAGCAGCUGGUGUUACAAAAAUUCUCCAGAACAAGCUACUGGUACUCCGGCAAUCUUUAGCAAAACUUCGCCAGAUUAAACCAAAUUCUAGGAGGCAGUAUAAAUCAGUCAAUGAAGAAAUAGACUCUGUGCGCAGAUUAGAAAUUUACCGCCAAGAGAUUCGGGAUUGUCGUGAAGAGUUCAAUACCGAAGCUGAACGAGACAGAAUCUUACUAGCGAACAUUCUUAAAAUAUGGAAAAACAUUAAGCAUGUGAGACGAAGCAAUAAGUAUUGCAGUACGUCUCUGAAAUUGAUCAUCAGAAAGGAAAAUGUCAACAAGGAAGAUGAAGAAGAAAGAAGAAAAGAGGAGUUAGAAGAAGAGUUCAAAGAAUUGCUUGAAGAAUACGAAGAAGAUUAUGAAAAGAAGAUGAAGAAGUAUGAGAAAGAGAUGACUGAAUGGAAAGCAACCCAUAAAAAAAAGAAAGAAGCUAAGAAACGUCAACAAAAGCGUCAGAAAUCUGUACUGGAUGAGGAUUUUGAAGGUUCCCUUCUUCAAGCAGCCCAAGAUGAGACCAUACUGUCAAGCCCAGAAGCAGCAAAGCCCCAACCUCCUAAGCCCAUAGAUAAACAGAAGGUGCAGCUAGAAGUUCUUGAAGUGUUCUCUCGCACAAGAAGGCCCCCAGGGGAACCAAUUUUACAAUUAGAGCUUUCUCAGUCAUCAUCAGUAACUGACAACAACCUUUGCCCCGAGCCAGAGAAACGUCGGAGACAGGCAGCUGGGAAGAACCGAGUUUGGGUAAAGGUGCUCAUAAAUAAUAAACUAGUAACGCAGACACCAUCAGCAAGUUUUGGAAAUGACUUCACCAUGCACAUUGGCCAGACGUACAGAAUGGCACUGUCUUCUUGGCCACGUCACAUUACACUGGAAGUUAUGGAGGGAGCAAGUCUUAGACAGACUCUUGUGGCCUCGGCAUUCCUCCCAGUUCCCAGCAGAACCAAUAUCUGCAAAGAUAUUUUUACCUCUGUCGACUUCAGUGGUACCCAGGUAGUGAGCCACAAUCAUGAAGGCGUUGGAUGUGGUCUCCUAGAAUCUGAAUAUGGGUCGUCCCUUACGUGUGGAAUGAUUCGUUACCGCCUUGGCUGGGCUCGGGGAGAAGAGGGAGAAAUUUUAGCACCUGCCGGACCCUCCCCAGCAGCUCUGUCUAGCCACUCGCCUUUAAAAUCUCACCUUCAUCCCCGAGCUGACCCAGCUAUCAUUAAAAAAUGGCUAAAAAAUGCUCGCAUUGACCCAAAUGACCCAAGCAAUGCUUCGCUUGUGAAUCAUUUAAAGAAAGCUGCCGAGGGUAAAUCCAAAUCGACCAAUUACUUUGAAAUAGACAACUUUGAGGGAGAAUUCUGCACAGAAGCAGAUCUGGACAGCAAUGUACGACUACGGGUCCUUCAGUUGCGGGCUGAGGAUGUUCCCGAAUUCAGGGGCCUUAGACUUGUUCCCGCCAUCGAGUCAGAAGUCUUGCGUAAAACAUUAGAGAAAUAUGAAAGCAAAACAUCAAUGGGAACAGAAACAGAAGCCACAGAAGCAGAAAGAGAGCACUUGUGGGGGCUAGACCAGCGGUGGGAGCGCGUGGAGAAUCUCCUGGCCUCGUUACGUCGACACAUGCAACAGCGAUAUGCUCAAGCAAGCUCUGCCCCAAAACUGGAGGAUUUAGUGCGAGAGGAGAGCAUACCAGACAUAGGGACUCUUGGAACUUCUCUGCUGUCAGUAUUCAAAGCUCGCCGUCCACUAAAACCAGAGAGAAAAAAGAGAGAUCGGGUACGCGGUGUAGGCUUGGGAGACCAGAACGUGCAACUUAUUGUUCACAUUGCUCGAGCCUUCCAUGUACCGGUGCGCGAUGAGUCACAACGCAGUAAUCCUCUACAACAGGGCCAGUCAAUAGAUGUCAUAGAAGGAAAUAGUUUGGUUCGUCCCUUUGUUGAAGCAACAUUUCAGAGGUCAGUGUUGCGCACUAGUGUUGCUGAAGGACCCAACCCCACAUGGAACCAGCAACUGUCAUUCCGCUUCAGGGCCCCAAAUGAUAACUUUUCACCAAGCAACCUUCAUACUGUGAGAGAUAAUGUUUAUCUUCAUUUGUUUGAUGAGGUCAUUCAUGAUCUGUUAGAAGAUGAUCGCCUGAGGGAUUCAACGGUUUAUCAUCGCAUAGAGAAACGCUGGCUGGGCUCCCUCAAGAUCCCCUUCUCUACAAUAUAUUCUAAUGCCAAGAUAGAGGGAACAUUUUCUUUGGAGGAACCAGUGGUUCUACUGGGCUACACCCGAGAUGCUGCCUCACCACAUAACCUGGGUGCUCCAGCAUCUCAAGGAGUACCUAACAGGUCCACUACUCAUUUGUCAAUCUACAUAACUUUGGAGCCUACUCUGCCUCCUCCAGAGCCUCUUAAGGCACAAUUUGAAUCGAGUGAGCCAGAGGAGGUGUUAGCAGCUAGUCGUGAUUGGGUGGCUUCUCUCUCGUCUCGUUAUUCACAUCGCAGUUACCGAACCCAUGUCCUAGAUCUCUCGGGAAAGUUAGUGUGUCUCCAUCGUUUCAUCCGUCCACUCCAUCCCCCAGAGGAACUAAUUGGUGAAAACUUGGUUGAAACUGCGCAUCGUGUGGCAUGGUAUGUUUCGUUGAUUCCGUCCCUUGCAGAUAUGACUCUGUUCCCAGGGGCUUGUGACAUAUGGGCCAAUUCUGAGCAAUUUUUGACCAUGUUGACUGGAGAUGAAGAAGAGCAUGCAGUCUUACUCACAAACUUCUUUCUUCAUCUUGGGAAAGCAGCAUUUCUUCUUUUAGGGAGUGGAAUUCCAGAGGGGGAGACAUGUUAUGUGCUGACCGGCGAAGAAAAUGGUACGUGGCUGGUGUGGAACCCCUCAACAGCUCAGUGUUUUGGUGCCAGGGAUGCCUUCAGUCCUCUUAGUGCUGUUUAUAUGCUUGCAAAUCAAGAUAAUAUUUGGGCUAAUGUUCAGAAAUAUGAUGAUCCUCCACGGGUUAAUUUUGAUGUCCAGGGAUCUGGUUGGCGACCUUUCUUUUCUCGGUCGCAGCCUGAUCCAGGGUUGCCGAGCGUGCAACCUCAGCGACUCUUAUUUCCUAAAGUGAACACAGACCAAAUGGAGCAGCUGAAAGAAAGGCUUGAGAUAACUCUGAGGGAUGCCAUCAUGAAGUGGAGAAGCACUCAGAGGACACCCUGGAACCGGCAUGCCAUCUCAGUUUUAAGAAAAUUGGUUCAAGGAUUAGAGGAACCUCGGGCAACAGGUAGAGUUACUUCACCCGAUCUUACGCAGUUAUCUACCAUUAUGUCAUCCCAUAAGAUUUUACAGGUGUGUGGCGUGUGUGUGCACCAGGGGUAUAGCACCAUGGCCAGUGUGGUGGAGGCCGUGCACAGUACUGGGGUCCACCUCACUCAGGCACCCGAGGCAGAAUUUGCCCUUGCUAUUCAUCUCAAGUCUUACCCAGCAUCUAUUAUAUCUGUGUGGGUGUAUGUUGCAUCAUUGGUCAAGAGGGUGUGAACUGUUCACAAACACACCACGGCUUACCAGCACGAAAGUGACAAAUUUGUUGUACUGUAAACUGAAUUCAUUGUAGAAAUGAGAAAUGUGUGAGGCAUUAUUUAUUUGCAUUCCUGUUGGAUGAUCUAGUCUUUGUUUAUAAUUUUUCAUCCAAAAUAUAAGUUACUUUUAGCAGCACAUUCACCAACAAUCAAACUACCAAUACUGUUUGAAAGUUUUUUAUUAAUUGUUGCAUCUAGUCAUACUUUCAGGUGUCGUGUGCUAAUUAGUAGUAUCAUUUAAUUCUUAAGUUUUAACUACAGUAUUGUGCUUAGCAUUUGUGAGGUUUCCUGUAUGACUGCAUUUCCUUCUCCACUCUUGUGAGAGCCGCAGCUACAGCCCCUUGUGAACACACUGGCCAUCUGUGUGUGUACGUGGUAAACCUCAGUUUCCAUUUCAUAUUUGUAUAAUGGCUAAUUUGUCCAACCUUCAGCAACUUAUUGUAAAGUUUUUUUUAUCUCUACUUCCAUUAUCAACAACUUGUUUGUACUAUUUUAUGUGGAAUUUAUUGUAAUUUUAUAUCUAAUGUUUGUAAGAAUACAACUUUAUUUUUUAAUUUGCUAUGAAUUCAAUUGUUGUAACGGUGGCAAGUAAUUACUGUAAGAAGUGUUCCAAGAUGUGAGUCAUCAUAUUCUACCCAAGUUCUUAACAUGUUUAUAUUUGUUAGCUUUUACCAAGUUUAUGUUCCAACCCGUCUUCAUAAUAAGUUCAUCCGUGUUUGUAUGAUAUGGAUAAAAUUGUACAAAUUGAACACUAUUUAGUGAAAAUUAAAACAUAAGAAAUAUACACUUUUCAGUAAUAAUGAGCAUUGGAUACAGUAGAUUAGGUUGAUGUGUGUAGAUUUGUACACACAUUGCAAAAGUGCAGCAAAUGGACACUUGUCAAAUAGAAUAGGUUGAUUACAUUAAAUAUUUAAAUAUCUGUCUAUUACAGUGUAUUAGUAGUUUAAUAUUGUUUGAGUGUCAGCAAGGUGCAUAAAAAUAGUACUUUUCUAGUCAUUAAAUUAAUCAUUGAAUGUGAUGAAAUGCUCUUAUCUGGGCGACCUCGGUAGCUCGGCACCACACUUGGUGUGGUUCCUCAGACAUCCACAGAACUAUCAAGCCUCUGGACUUGUAGAGGCCCACAGAACACCAUGGCCAGAAUGUGGUUUGCUCGUAGAGGUGAUGGGAGCAUGGGGGGGGGGGGGUCAGAGACUUACCCAAGUCUGAGCAAAACCACCCAAAAAGUGUAGGUGAAGCAAAAUAUUCUAUAUCUUAAUUAGGUUAACAUGGAAACAAGAACAGCAGUAGUUUGCCCAAUCUCAAAAUACUGUAUUAGUACCUAGGCAAACCACUAAGUUGCAAGGGUCCAGCCUGGCUGACUUCUGACUCGUGUGCCACCGCCAAGACAAACCACAUCCCUACAAGGAGGAAGGGCAAAAAAAAAAGAGCAGAUAUGGAGAGCUACUGCAGCCACCCAGUUAUAUAUAACUAUGUAUUAAAAUUUGUAUCCAUCAUUACGAACCACUAAGCUGUUGUAGUGAGUCCAAACACAACGUAGCCCCACGUACUAGUCAGCUUAGAUGAUGCCGUCUGACUCGGCAAAAUGCCUCCCGAUAUAUUAUAUUAUGCACAUCGCUAACUCUUGCCACAAUGCUGCUAUUAUUAUCAGAAUUCUGGUCACUAAAUCCUGAAUAUGAAUAAUUUUCUAUAAGUUUAUUGUCUUGAGGACUAUGAGGCCCUGUUACAUGACAUGUAGAAGCACCAAAUAACACCUGUGUUCUCUGGUUGUCUACCUUAUACUGUGAACUUCAUAGCCAGCAUGAGGUUCACUGAUAUCUGAACCUUGUACAUAGUCUAUAUCACAGUCAGGGUCUUCUAUGACACUAUUAUCGUAAAAUAAUCAAUUCCUUUCAUCAUUAUUAUCAAGUGCUGUGGGCACAAACUCACAGCCGUGCAGAGAUAUUUUGGUGCAUGCGGUACCCAUGGUCGUGCUCUCAGUACUGUACUAAGGCCCUUCACACCCAGGAGCAGUGCCAACGAU